AUGAUCAUUGACCUUUGUUCACGUGUUUCAGGUGGCAAAGGCGGUGAAUCAAAAAGGACGCGACAAACAUAUAGUAGAAAUCAAACGUUAGAACUUGAAAAGGAAUUUCAUUAUAAUAAAUAUUUAACGCGUAAAAGGCGACAGGAAAUUUCUGAAAGUUUACAAUUAUCCGAGCGGCAGUAUUUCAAACGAUAUUUAUACUAUUAUAUUGUAUUAUACUAUUCAUCGGCACUUUCAUCAGCACCAGUAUUUUCAGCAUGCUGCAGAUAUUGCAAGCAUCUGAAAUGA